UCCUAUUUUCAAUUAUACACUCUAUUACCCAUACUAAUUUUCUUUCCUUACGUUAAAAACCCAUAAUACCACUCUCUUUCCUACCCUUAGGGUCCCACUUUUGACUCUCCUUACAAUCCGUGAAAAGUCAAAUGGGACUCCUAAGGUGAAUAGGAGGGGAGUACAAUAAAGAGAUGGUUACUAGCGCUCGUUAUUUUGAAUAAUACUUUUAACCCCUGUUAACUUACGUCCAAAAUCUGCAACUACACUCAAUGUCAUGAUCUAUCCAACAUCAACAAUACACCAGUUCUUCCCCUUCCAAAACUAAAAAUCUAAUCAUAUUCCGAAAACACACGCACACACAAAACAUGCUCGGAAUUGAAGAGUUUGAGUUAAUUUGGAAGAACUCUUUCACAAUUCUUCCACUCAUACUCUUCUUAUUCUUCCUCUACAAAUGGCUUUACACAAAAUCAUCUACUGGGAAAAGAUUACCUCCUUCACCAAGAAGGUUGCAAAUUUUAGGCAAUCUUCAUCAGAUUGGAACUCAACCUCAUCGUUCUCUCCAAUCCCUGUCUCGACAAUAUGGGGAUCUCAUGCUCAUCUACCUAGGAAAAUCACCAUUUCUUAUAGUCUCUUCUUCAAAAGCAGCAACCGAAAUCAUGAGAACCCAUGAUGUAAUAUUUUCCAAUAGGGCAAUAACUACGACAGCAAAUAAGCUUCUUUAUAAUGGCAAAGAUGUAGCAGCAGCUCAAUAUGGUGAGUAUUGGAGGCAAAUGAAGAGUAUAUGUGUUCUUCAACUAUUAAGUAACACUAGAGUUCGAUCUUUUCGAAGUGUUAGGGAAGAAGAGAUGACUCUUAUGAUCAAAAAGAUCGAACAAUCAUUGCUUUCAGUAGUGAAUUUGAGUGAAAUGUUUAUAAGUUUUACGAAUGAUGUUAUAUGCAGGGUGGCUUUUGGGAGGAAAUAUAGUGGGGAUGAAAAUGGUAUCAAUUUUAAGAAGCUUUUAAAUGAAUUUCUAGAGUUGUUGGGAAGUUUUAGAGUUGGGGAUCUUGUACCAUGUUUGGAAUGGACUAAUUGGAUUAGUGGGUGGGAUUCAAGGGUGGAGAAAGUUGUUAAAGAGUUUGAUGAAUUCCUUGAACAGGUUGUUGAAGAGCAUGAAAAGAAGGGUCAAGGUGAAAGAAAAGAUGGGAUGGGUGAAAAUGGUGAGAAAGUAAUGGACAUUGUAGAUGUUUUACUUGAUGUGCAGAAGGAGAACACAACUGGAUUUGCAAUUGAUAGAGAUGGUAUCAAAGCUCUCAUACUGGAUAUAUUUUCUGGGGGGACUGACACAACAUAUACAGUGCUAGAAUGGGCAAUGACAGAGAUGUUAAGAAAUCCUAGAGUUAUGAAGGAAUUGCAAAGAGAAGUCAGGCAAAUUACCGGAGAAAAAUUAUACGUAAAUGAAGACGACUUAGAGCAGAUGAAGUACUUGAAAGCCGUGAUCAAAGAGACUCUUCGGCUGCAUCCUCCAAUUCCCUUGCUAGUACCUAGACGAUCACAAAAAGACAUCAAGAUAAUCGGUUAUCAUAUUCCAGCCGGUGUAUCAGUUAUAACCAAUGCUUGGGCAAUCCACAGAGAUCCAGCUUCAUGGGAUGAACCUGAAAGGUUCAAUCCCGAAAGGUUUCUAAAUUCUCAAACCGAUUUUAGAGGACAAGAUUUUGAGUUGAUUCCAUUUGGAGCAGGAAGAAGGAUAUGUCCUGGGAUUACAUUUGCAAUUGCUAAUAAUGAACUCGUGUUAGCAAACCUCGUACAUAAGUACAACUGGAGGUUACCUGAUGGAGUACAAGGUGAUACUUUGGAUAUGAGUGAAUGCAUUGGACUCACAAAACAUCGGAAGACUCCUCUUCUGGCAAUCCCAACUCAUGGGACUGUAGAUAUUUAAAAAAUUAUGUGCACUUCUACUCUAAAAACAGCAGAUUAGCUUUAAAGAUUAUAGGAACAGACCACAUAUGUAAUAAUGAUCCUUGCUCUUUACACCUUUGUAUAUGAUAGAAAAAAUCAUUAGCUACUUUUCGAAUCUCAACCACCCCUCAAUUAAAGUGGAAUAUUGAGCGCCGGAUUUAAGAAGGACAUGUAGACAUGUGUUGUAUGUCCGCAUCCAUAUUUCUAGCCCCAAGGACUCUCGUGUUUAGAGGCGUGUUAGAGUAUAUAACAUAUUCUGGGGCGUCAACCAUUAGCUUCAAGUUUUUGGUUGAGUUAAUUCCUUAACAUGUGCAAGUCUACUAACAUUUGGUGUUAGUAUUUCUAUGAAACUUUGUGGCAAUAAGUUUAUGGAUCGCCCGGUCUACAUGAGAACAAUAACAUUUCAUUAUUUUGAUGCCAUAAAGUGGCUUCCAUUUAACAUGAGGUAUGGGGAGUUGGAUGUGCAACCUUACUUUUAUUAAUAAUAAAAUUAAUAUAAAGGAUGUUUCCAAUUGACCAUUGAUAACAAACAUCAA